UUGCAUACGGGCUCUAUAAGUAGCGCGUAAGCUCCCAGCUUGUCCGUAGUUGUGAGUGAUCGGUUUCAGUGUCUGCUUCUGUUUUGCGCACCUGAAGGAUGCCGGAUCCGGCGAAAUCCGCUCCUGCUCCUAAGAAGGGCUCCAAGAAAGCCGUGACGAAAGUGCAGAAGAAAGACGGCAAGAAGCGCAAGCGCAGCCGCAAGGAGAGCUACUCAGUGUACGUGUACAAGGUACUCAAGCAGGUGCACCCCGACACCGGCAUCUCGUCCAAGGCCAUGGGCAUCAUGAACUCGUUCGUCAACGACAUCUUCGAGCGCAUCGCCGGCGAGGCGUCGCGCCUGGCGCACUACAACAAGCGCUCGACCAUCACGUCCCGGGAGAUCCAGACGGCCGUGCGCCUGCUGCUGCCCGGCGAGCUGGCCAAGCACGCCGUGUCCGAGGGCACCAAGGCCGUCACCAAGUACACCAGCUCCAACAUUAAGAAGUUCCUGUUCUUUUCACCUAUUGGAUCUGAAGUUUUCCCAAGAAUGCAAGGAAAUCUUAUUUUUCGAACUACAGUCUAGAGAAUGGCCAACAACUCUGUCUCUGCUCUUCCAGAAAAGGUGAGCCUCAAAGUCACAGCCAGAUUGCAUCCAUGGUGCGGUUUCACUGGGAAACAUGCCACUGCUGCUUCUAAAUAAAUCACCUUUGCAGA